AACCACGAAUAUUGAUAAGCUUCAGAUUGAACUUGUGCACCAUCUUAUCAAAACAUUUUCGAUCGAUACCUAACGCAAUUUGACGAUAAAAUUUGAAAACAUUUCCUAGUACACUCAGUUAAGUGAAUUAUGCUCAUAAGUAAUUUUGAGAAACCUCCAAAAAAGUUAUUUUCCCACAAUGAAGUGCAUACUGAGCGAAUUUUGGUGCUGUCUACUUAUCGUGCUUUUUUCAAAUACCAACUCAGAAAAAUAUAAGGACACAAACGCCAAGAUCUUCGAAGAACACCAAAUUGUACCUCAUUUACUGCCUAGUAAUCCGGAAGAACUUUGCACAGUGAUUUAUGAACCGAAUCUAAUCAUUGCUACCGGCCAGCCAUAUUACAUGUACCAAGUACAGGGUAUACCUCAGAUUAUAUGGGAUUUCAGCGUUGAAAAAUAUUACACAGUAAUAAUACUUGGUGCAAUUCAAAACGAAAUUCGGUACCCUUCAACAACAGCUCCCGAAUUAAAAAAUGAAACCGAUGGUAUAAAACCUCCCGUACAAUCGUGGCAUCAUUUGGUUAUCAGUGAUAUUCGUAAAAAUAACGUUCAGUCUGGAACAAUAAUACAAUCUCUCAAUGUCAAUCAUGGAAUCCAACCGAAUGAAACACAUAAACUAGUAUACGUAUUUGCAGUUUAUGAGCAACCUAAAAAGCUCAACCUUCAAGUCGAUAAUGGAGACAAUUCGCCCAACAAAUUACUCGAACGUUACUUCACUCCGUUAUCAAAUUAUGUCCAAAACUUUAAAGACAGUAUCUUGAUAUCUGCUAACUUUUUUUACGCUGUUCGUAAACCGAAAGGUCUAGUUCUCGAUUCUUCUCCUGUGAGAUUUCUGGAUCCUUUUGCAUAAACUGGAAUCCUUCCAGAAUAACAUGUAUACGUUUUUCAUUUCAAUAUAUUUUUGGACAUGAAAA